AUGGAUCCCCAAGAGUACGCGAAGAAAGGUGUCGAUAAGGUUUACCCAGAAAAUAACUGGAUGCCGAGUACUGGAGUGCAACGGGGUAGUAUCAAAUCAACCCCAAUACAUGGAGAUCCACAGACUCCCGGCUUCCCAUCUGUCGGUACGACAAUACUCAUACUUGUAAUUAGUAAGAGGUCUAUGUUUUGACUUACUUUGUAUUAGGAAAGGGCAGUUAAUUAUUGUUUUUGAAGAAAAAGGCCAGCCAUUCGAUACAACGAUUUUCCGAAUAAACCGCGUCACUUUGAAUGAACUGAUCAGACCCGUUAUUUUAACUCAAAAGGACCUGAUUAAACUGCCAAUGGCAACGCAAAUUUGAACGAUGGUUAAUGAUUCACUCAGGGUUAGUGCCAGCUGACCUUGAAACAACUGGGUUAGGAAAGAGAGCGCGGCGCUUUUACAAAACACGCGUGUUCAAAAACAAGUUUACAUACUAUCUUAAGGUGGCCCAAAUUUGGACCGAUUGGUAAAGAAAUCAGAUGUAAUAGCCGACGUUUAGGGCCAGUUUUCAAGUGCGACAGAUGUCCUUUUUGCUGUACAUUCUUUGUGUAUAAAUCUGUUGUGUUAUACCAGUGGAAGAUUAAGAGGGCAAUAGUACCUUAAAUGCAUUAGAAAUUAUCCCAGUCAAACUUGUUAAUAUCAUGGCCAAAGGAAUAAGGACAAGGACUAUUUUUUGAACCCAGAAAUCUGUUAAAAGGAGAUUCAUUGCCUGUUGUAGAGGGUAUGUAUCGUUUACCUAAAGAAGAAGCCGAGAAACUGCUUCCUCAGAUCCCAACUCAUCCUAUAUCAUACAAGGAUGCCGAGCCGCUGCUGCGGUAAGUUCUUGAGUAAGGUUUAUGAGUAGUAAGUUGAAGAGCGAUACACGUUACAUCAUACUAGUAUUGUUUGGCCGGUGUCAAGCAUACAACGGCGCCUCAUAAAGCGUGAUUGUCACUAUCCACACAAGCUCAAGCAGAAGAAGGUUUACACAGAAAACCGUUAGUGUAAGGUGACAUAUAAAGGCAGAUAAUUAUAUGUGGCGCUACCUUUGUUGGCUCCGGGGAAUCAAUCUAGCAUGGUGGGAAAACAUGUGCCAGUCUCCAGCCGAAAGGAAUAAUCUCUUUGCCUUGGCUUAAGGUGAUGUUACAUGGAACGAUUCGCAACGACGAUUUUAGCGCAACACAGUCUUAUAACAAUGUUGCGACGUUGUUUCGAACAGUUGCAGCAAUGUUCCAAUAUUGUAACUCAGUGUUGCGCUCAAAAUCGUCGUUGCGAAUCGUCUCGUGUAACAUCAGCUUCUUUAUCGCCGGGAAUUUCAAGUUUUGGUGAGCGUGCGAUUUGCGGUGCAAACUUGGACCAACAUGUCUCCUUUAUUCGAAGUGUCUCCCCAGAGAAGUUGACGAGCCCUGUCUUUUGAUGUAUGCCCUUCAUUCCCUUUAGAUGGAAACCACCGAAAUCAAGUACUUUUAAUUUCGUUUUCAACCUGAUAUCAAAGCGAACACAUAAACCAGAAGACGAAUCUUAAAUAGCACGAGGAAUCACUGUCUGGUUUGGUUGAGCUGCUGAUUUUAGAGGUGCAUGACCUAGUUCCCCGAUCAGUUGCACUGAGCGAAAAGAAAAGGAUGAACGAGAAAAUUAAUGUGCUGAGACUGAAGAAAAAGAAGAAGAAGAGAGAAAUGAUGCUCUCUUUCCUUCCUUGACUCGCAAAUUUUCGCGCUAAUUUUCUUACUUCACCCGUUAACAGUGGCCACCUCAAGUAGCUCUCCUACAAUUGGUUCUCUCCAUGACGUAUCAUUCAUUUUCGGUCUUCCAUACUGGAAAUUACAGGUACUGAAUUGUGCUUUAUUAAAAUUAUUUUAGAACCUUAGUUGGUGGCCUUCCGGCCGAAGAUUUUCAAGGAGGUCUGAACUUUACUUAUGGUAUCCAGAUGGCUGAUAACGACACUAGGUGAGGGAAUCGCAAUAGACACUCCUAAUAACUUUAAUUUUUUGUUUUGACGUUUUUGGUAUGCUGUUGGAUUUCACUUCUUGAGUCAAUUUUUCAAAUGGUCCGCGUUUAUACAUAGCACCAAGCUGAAUGUGGUUACUGAUUGGCUCAUCAGCUUCUUAUCUACAGCGUUCAGGAUAACAAGAUUAACUCCUGUCGUUUUGCCUAACGCUCAACUGAACGCACUGUACUUCACGAGAACGAUGAAUCGGGGGUUGGAAUCGUAGCAGCCCCUUCCAAUGAAGCUAAUCAGGGCUCAAAAAGAAUUUUAUGAAGGAGGAGAGACAGUAGUCUAGGUUAAGGUAGUCACAACAUCCCAAGAAACCGACGUUUCAUAGAGCAGUGAUAAGAAGGUGGCUUAUCAAUAUGGGCGAUCCGGUCUAGCCGCUCUUUAUAUUUGUUUUGGGACUGACUCGUUGGCGCAAAACGAACGAGGGAUCAAAAUUUAUUCUCUGAUCAUUUUUUCAUUUGUAUUGAUUCUUUCAGAGAGGUCCUCUUGAACGUCAGCAAUGAAAACUAUCCGGCAGAUGUUUACAACGUCGUGGGCGUAAUUAAAGGCUCCACACAUCCAGGUUGGUAUCUGAGAUGCGUGCCGUGAACACCAAUCAUACGCAUGGCUGAUUGCUAAUAUCUCACUGUUAUUCAAGUUCCUUUCGGUCAUUUCGUUGAAGUAGCCGAGACGAUCGUUACAAAUUCGCUCUAACCACGUGGUCCAAGGCCUUAAAACCCUUUCGGCUUAGGGACUAGGCAAAUUCGUUCAGAUGACAUUACGCUGGGGACCUUUAAGCUUGACACGUUAUGGCAAAAGCCCUAGGGGGUAAUAACAAACUUUCGGGAGAACUGGUUCAAGGAAAGGAAAUGACUCUCCAUAUGAACGCAUUACAAGUUUACCAGCUGUUGUUGUUCUCAUUUUUUAACAAGGCUGUGCUGAUUCUCGAAUAUCUAAGGGCUGUUUAUCUUCCCGUUGGGUACUCGGGUGAACAACUAGGUUUCCCUCAUAGUCUUGUUAGACACUAAGGAGUAUGCAACACUCAGUUGUGUUAAAACUAUUUAGACUGCGCGAGUACGGUAAUGUGAGUCAUCUUCUCACUCAACUGCAAUAGUAGUACUCUUGCACAAUUGAUACGUUUAGCUAAUAGUUUCAACAUUCCUUUCAAGACGAGCUGGUGAUGUUAGGGAACCAUCGUGAUGCUUGGGUAUUUGGUGCAGCAGAUGCUUCCAGUGGAACAGCUGCUAUGAUGGAGCUGUCUAGAGUCCUCGGGGAGCAGUUGAAGAAAGGUAUGCCAUGCAGUGGUCAAAGCACAAUGCUAACCAAAAACGACUUUAAAAAUAUUACAUUGCGCAUGCUUUACAUUGUCCAGAUGUACGGCACUAUGUCCCAUAGUGAUACAGGAUCUUAGCUAACCAGUCAAUCUAUCUUUAGGAUGGAGGUCAAAGCGCACCAUAGUGUUGUUAAGCUGGGGAGCAGAGGAGCCUCAAUAUAUGGGAUCGGUUGAGUGGAUAGAAGUAAGUACUGUAAAACAAGCAAUUUUAAUUGGACACUUUUGAUUGGACACAAGAUAAGAGCGAAAACCAAACUUAAGCCAUGUAUGCCACCGGAAUUGGGUUGAAUGCUAUUUGAUUGAUUGAAUGACUGACUGACUGAAAGCAACUGAUAAAUAUAGCCCUUCUUUUUUCUCUCUUUAUCUCUAGGAGUAUUCUCGUUUGCUGUCCGCUCGUGGUGUAGCCUAUCUCAAUGUCGAUAUGGCAGUUGACGGUAAGGCUAUGACAAGAAAUAUAAAUUACUCGUUAAGAGAAGUCUUUAACCUCAAUAUUUGCCUAUUAUCCAUUUGAAAAAUGCGAGGUUUUAUUACCAGUUAAUUAAGCAAAUCGUUUUGCUUUUGAUGUUUUUUCAAGGAAACUACUCUUUCCAUGCUAAAUCUACGCCUCUUCUUAACUGGGUACUGGCCAGAGGAGCGCGGAAGGUCAGUAGGGAUUAUUUUUCUCGACACUUUUUUUCUGCAUAGCGUGGGCUAAAACAUUAUUAACCAUCUCCAAUAUAUAUUUCUCUAUCUUUGCUCACAUUUGGUAGGUUCGUAGUCCCUUAGGAAACGAGACCGCUUUUGAAGAAUGGAAAAGGAAAAUCCCAUCAAUAAUGGGUUUCAACUAUUUACCCAGGUAUCAGUGUUGCCAAAAUACUUUUUUUAUAUUUUAGGUGGUCUAGCUAGCUCUUUAUCCAGAGCUAAGUGGUUAGAGGAUCCUGUCAGUUCCCAGGUCGCAUUCCAUUUGUUUGAUGAGCAUUUUAUCUUUUUCAAGUGGUUGUGUCGUUAUUUCGUUUGUUUCGUGAACCUUAAAGCAUAGCUUAGUACUUCCAUUUGGCUUUAACACGACGCCCACCACUGUUACACCACGCCGGUAUCUGGAAAAUCUAUCUCAUUUCUAUUGUAGUUAAGUGAAUUCCUGCAGCCCCUAACAGCCACUAAUGUGCAAUGUUGUGACCAACAAUAUUUGAAGCUGGAUGCUCUCUUUACUUAUUUUAGGCUUCAACAACCAACAGCAGGCAGUGAUUAUGUCAACUUUAUCCAGCGUCUUGGAAUCCCUAUCGUGGAUAUUCGCUACACAUACGACUCUGUAAGUUGGCAUUUCCAUGUUUCGUGUGACUCUUGGGAACUUCGUUGUUAUUCAGUUGAAUUAAAUCUGACCCUGAGUUUUCGUACACAGAAAACGAGCGGCAAUCCCUUAUACCAUUGUCAAGUGCUGUUGAAAACCACCUACUGUUUAAACUAACUAGGA